AUGGAGGGCUGGGACACAGUGAAGGAUCUGCUACUUCAGGGAGAUUAUCUGGUUCGCAUCGACCUGAAGGAUGCCUACUUGUCAGUUCCUAUAGCCAAGCGGGACAGACCUUGGCUCUGCUUCCUGCAUCAGGGGAGGUGUUACCAAUGGAACGUUCUCCCAUUUGGCCUCUGCUCGGCACCGCGGGUGUUCACCAAGCUUAUGAAACCUGUAGUUGCCCAUCGAAGGUCUCAGGGGAUUCGACUGGUAAUAUUCUUAGACGACAUCCUCCUCAUGGACCAAUCACCUGGUCGCUUGAGGUCCUCCAUGCAGACAGUCGUAAAUCUGUUACAUUCUCUGGGCUUUGUGGUAAAUCAGACAAAAUCUCAUCUCACCCCAACUCAGACUCUCACCUUCUUGGGAUUCGAGAUCAUGACGGUACCAUUGGCACUGUGCCCCCCCGUCGACAAGGGGUUAGCAAUCAAACAGGAGAUAGAUUCCAUACUCGGAGAGAGCAUAGGUGUGAGGGCCCUAGCGAGCCUGAUAGGUCGUCUGAAUGCUACUUCCUUGGGUGUUCUGGCAGCUCCUCUACAUCUCAGGUCGCUCCAGUCUCUCUUGCAUCGGGCUUUACAGAUAGGCUCUUACGAGACCACAGUUAGACUCUCCUCAGCAGCCAGGGAGGAUUUGGGGUGGUGGCGCACAGUCCUCCUGUCCCACCCCAGGCGGAGCUUGCACGAGAGUUCAGUCCUUCAGACCAUUCAAACAGACAGUUCUCUGCGAGGUUGGGGCGCUCACUCUCAGGGUCUGGUAGUUGGUCAGCAGUGGACCACCGAGCAAGCCCAGCUCCACAUAAACGAGUUGGAGUUGAUAGCGGCAUUCUUGGGGCUCCAGGCUCUCGGGAGGGCAUCCGACCAGGGCUGCAUCCUACUGCAGCUCGACAACAGGGCAGCAGUGGCUGCUAUCAAUCGCAUGGGGAGCACUCGCUCCAGCAGUCUCAACAAAGUAGCCCUUCAGCUGUGGUCGUGGUGUCUGAAGCGAGGCCUAACGGUGCGUGCUCAACAUAUUCCCGGACGAUUGAAUGCUGUGGCAGACAGGGCCUCUCGUGUCCACUUCGACAACAGCAGUUGGAAACUUCAUGUGCCCACGUUUCGGAAGAUCGACAGCCUCUGGGAUCCUAUCAAGAUGGAUCUCUUCGCCGAUCUGUCGAACCACGAAGUUCCACAUUAUUUCAGCUGGAAACCGGACCCAGGAGCAGCAGGGGUGGAUACUUUCACCCAGAUCUGGUCAGGACCGGGUCUUUAUGCAUUUCCCCCCUUCAACCUAGUGAAUCGAUGUCUCCGGAAAAUGUGCGAGUCAGGCGGGGACCUCAUCUUGGUAGCCCCGACCUGGCCGUCGCAGCCAUGGUACCCCUCUCUGUUGCGUCUGGCUUGCGAAGAACUUCGACUCAUCCAACCCCUUCAGGAUCUUAUCCGCAAUCCGCAAGGUGUAUUUCACCCAUUGGUAGGCCACAGCCUUCUCCUAGCUGUGUGGAAGCUGACCAGCGACACCCUUCGCAUUCGAGCCUUUUGGGAGAGGCUGCAGGGCUUAUCUCCGCGUCUUGGCGAGAGGCACCCGGCUCGCCUACAAUUCCUGCUGGCUGAGGUUUGA